AGGGUGGCGCAAUUCUCCAGCAGGUGCAUCAGCCUCUUCACAUCUUUUCUCUGUGCCUGCAUCGUCUUCGAUGCGCAUAGCAUACGUAAAUCUCCGCACAAAAUGCUCUGUUUUUCAAAUACAAUUCCUCUAAUUGUAGCGACUUGAGACACGAAAAAGACAAGCAUUGGUGGCAUAAUUACCCGGGAUUACAGAUGCAACUCUUCGGGAAAUUGCGUGGGGGUUGUUUUUGGAAAGGGGAAAGGGGAAAGAUGUGAGAUGCCGAUAUUGUGCCUUCAUUGCCUGCAAUUACAAACGAUUGGCCAGAGGUUCAGUUUCACCUGUAUGAACGAGCCCGUGUCGACUGGAAUCGGCAUAAAGGAGUUCCAUGGAGGGCCGCCUAUUUGUUCCAGCUGAAAGGACUGAAUUUGCUCACUGCUGGUCGGAAGAAAAUUCAAGAUAAGAUAGGGUUUGGCGGCAGCAAGGUCAAGCUCCUCACUUCCAGAGAAGAGUGUCAUUUCAGAGCUUAUUGGAUGAAAGUCUUAUUCGCCCUUGGCUGCCAAAGAUGACGUUACCAUGGAAACAGAUUCUACUGUUAUCAAUCAUUGACUGUGUGGCAGACUGCCUGGACAGUGGCUCCUUCCACGGGCCGAGGUGGAGGAUGGAGCCUGGAGACUUGUUCAUCCCCAUCGACUCCCUGGAGGAGGAGGCUACCCUGACGUGCGACGCAAGAGGGACCCCCCCUCCCCAGUACAGAUGGUCGUUGAACGGGACCCUCAUAAAUCUGGGACUGGGUAGCCGACGGCGGCUGUCUGGGGGCAACCUCAUUAUCCGGAGUCUGGAUCGGUACCAGGAUGCAGGGAUGUAUCAGUGUACAGCCUACAACACAGUGGGGUCUAUACUCAGCCGGAGAGCCAGCCUGCAGUUUGCCUACUUGGAUCAUUUUAAACCCCACACGAGAAGUGCCGUGUCGGUUCGAGAAGGACAAGGAGUUGUGCUACUGUGUGGAACUCCCACAUCCUCUGGAGACCUUAGCUAUGCCUGGGUCUUUAACGAGUACCCGUACUUCGUUCAACAAGACAGCCGACGUUUCGUGUCCCAGGAGACCGGGAACCUGUACAUCGCGAAGGUGGAGACGUCGGACGUUGGCAACUACACGUGCGUGGUGAUGAACAGCGUGACCAAGGGGAAGGUUCACAGCUCUCCCACUUCGCUAGUCCUCAGGACCGACGGAGUGAUGGGUGAAUACGAGCCCAAAAUAGAAGUUCAUUUUCCUGACAACGUACCGGCAGCGAAGGGAUCAGUGGUUACACUGGAGUGUUUUGCUCUUGGGAAUCCGGUCCCUGAGAUUACCUGGAAGAGAGCCAACGGUAUCCCUUUCCCCAGCAAGGUGAAGAUGAAGUACUCCAACGCGGUAUUGGAGAUACCCAGCUUCCAGCAAGAUGACACUGGUGGCUACGAGUGCGUAGCGGAAAACAAGAUGGGCAAGAACAUCGCUACAGGUCGCCUCGCUUUCCACGCCAAGCCCCAGUGGAUCCAGACCAUGAAGGACACAGCCAUGGCUAUUGAGGAGAGGCUGUACUGGGAGUGCAGAGCCAACGCCAAGCCCAAACCGUCCUACAGCUGGCUGAAGAACAACAAGAUUCUGGUCUCUGAGGACAGGAUCCAUGUUGACGAUGGCAUCUUGUCUGUGUCUGUGCUGACCCUGGCUGAUGCUGGGAUGUACCAGUGUAUGGCAGAGAAUAAAUAUGGUGUGAUAUAUUUCAGCGCUGAGCUCAUGGUUUUGGCCUCUCCUCCAGACUUCACAGGGAGCCUCCUCAGAGCACUGCUGAAGGCCAAGGCAGGCAGCACCGUGAGUCUGGAGUGUAAGCCCCAGGCCUACCCCACCGCCAGCAUUGUGUGGAAGAAGGGAAACCUGCCCAUCCACACCAGUGACAGGGUCACUCUGUCACCAGACGGAACCCUCAGACUCUCCAACGUCACCAAGUCGGACGCAGGGAGCUACACGUGCUUUGCCAGGAACCGAUUUGGAACCUCCAGCACCACCGGCAGACUCCUGGUGACUGACCCCACCCGGAUCACCCAGGGUCCUGUGGACAUGGACAUCAUGGUGGGAGAGAGUCUGGUGCUUCCCUGUCAAGUGGCCAGCGACCCCGUCCUCGACGUCACCUUUUCCUGGGCCUUCAACGGGCAGCUGAUCGCCAAAGGAGACCACCACUUUGAGCUGGUGGGAGGGAGACUGUCUGGAGAUCUGAUGGUGAGGAACAUUCAGCUUAUCCACGCCGGCAAGUACAUCUGUGUGGUCGACACAGACGUUGAGAGCCUGUCAGCGGUGGCCAUAUUGAUUGUGAAAGGGCCCCCAGGCCCCCCAGACACAGUGACUGUGGAGGAGGUGACAGACAGCACAGCACAGCUCUCCUGGAGCACUGGCCGAGACAACGGCAGCCCCAUCACCACCUACCUCAUCCAGGCGAGGACACCUUUCACUGUGGGCUGGCAGAGAGUCAACACAGUCCCUGAGGUGAUAGAGGGGAGCACCAGGACAGCCACAGUGGUGGAUCUGAACGCCUGGGUGGAGUAUGAGUUCAGGGUGCUGGCCAGGAACAGUGUUGGGGUUGGAGAACCCAGCCCUUCAUCUCUGAAGACAAGGACAGAGGAUGCAGUUCCUGACUCCGCACCUGCCGACGUUGGGGGGGGGGGCGGCAGUCGAUCAGAGCUGGUCGUCACCUGGGAGCCCGUCCCCGAAGAAUUUCAGAACGGUGAGAGCUUCGGUUACAUCAUCGCCUUCCGGGCCUUUGGCGAGGUCGUGUGGACGCACGUGGCGACCUCGGCGCCGGGAGCAUCACGUUACGUUCACCGCAACGACAGCAUAGUGCCGUUCUCCCCGUUCCACGUGAAGGUGGGGGCCUACAACAGCAAGGGCCAGGGGCCCUUCAGUCCAGUGGUCACCAUCUACUCUGCAGAGGAAGAGCCCAGUUUGGUGCCGGGGGGAGUAGGGGCCCAGAGUGUCUCUGCCUCUGAAAUAGAAGUGACCUGGCAGAGUCUCUCCUUCGCCACUGAAAGAGUUCUGGGCUACGAGGUAGUGUACUGGGAAGACGACACCAAACCAGAGACCAUGGGCAAAGUGAGGGUGCCUAGCAACCAGACCACAGCGACCGUGGGUGGCCUGACAGGAAACAGUCAGUAUUUUCUCACCGUCAGCGCGUUCAACACCGCUGGCACUGGCCCCUUCCUCCCUGCCAUCAACGCCACCACAAAGAAACCACCACCAGGGCAACCGCCGCUGAACGUGGAAUGGACUCUGAUUGGCUCUCUGCUCAUUCUACACUGGGAUGCUGUGGUGACUAUGGAAACGGAGUCGGAAGCUACUGGCUACAAAGUUUCCUACAGGCGUCUGAAACACCGGGAGGUGAGCUCCCUCACCACCACCAACUCCACAGCGGAGCUGACCCUUCCUGACGAUGAUGACUACAUCGUCCAUAUCAGGGCGCUCAGCGAGGGAGGGCUGGGCCCUUCCACCGAUGCCAUCCAGAUACACAAGCUGAGUAUGAGCGCUCGAGGCUCGCGAGGCUGGAGUUUGAACAGAGCACCUCUCUCUCUGCUCCUCGCCAUCGCAUUAUCAACAUGCAGGUCCACGUCAUGACGGAAUGACUACCGAGUUUCUGUUCCUCAGUUUAGAUGCACUGGCCAUCUAAUCCAAACCCGGGCCAAAACAUCCAUGUUUAUUUUCUCUCUGCCGUUAGCGGUACAAUCCCUUCCAUUCUGGAGGCAACACAAGAAAAGCAUUUAUUUCAUACGUUUUAGCGGACUAAGAAUUUAGGUUGGGGCACACGCACACGGAACGAUACAGCACAAGUAAGACAAGUGUUGUGAAGGUUUAUGACGAAACUAAAUCUCAAGGCUGCGUCUAAACACUUUAGUAUAUGACUGUCCCAGAAAGUCACAAAUGCCUUACUUCCAUUCAUGUGCCAAACUAGUUUGAGCCCCCUUGUCAUUACGUAAAUGCUAAGCUAGCUCGACCAUACUGUCGUCGGUGUCUUCAGUUCUGCAGUCAUAAUGCAAUGAGAGAUUUUACAUUAUUUCACAUGAUGCCCAUUUGUUAUGUUAUACGAAUGAUUUGUGCGUGUUUAGUUUUUUUUAAUUUACUUAACUCAGUCAGCUAUGGUUGUCCACCCAAUGUCAAUGUGCCUGAGCCUUUGGGGAUGCAUAUGAGGUUGUUGUAAGGAAAAUGACUCCACUGGAUGUACAGUUAGAGGAAUGCUGCGUCUUGUUACUGCCGCCCAUACAGGUCAUAAUUGUUGUAUAAUUACGAACUGUCAAAAGAUUCCAGAGGCGCCCUGUGUAAGAGGCUCAGAUGAGGCUGAGUGCCAGCCAUCUUCCUUUUUGUCAUUCUGCUGUUGCGCUACAGAGCUGAAUGUACCCCCGAGGCUAGAACCACCUUAGCGAGCCACGCAAAUCAGAAAAAACUGGUCUGACUCCAGAUGGAUGGAUUUGAUUCAGGCUGUAUAGAGCAUUUCACCACCUACUGUUGUAUUAAGGCUGUAAGGACGCAAGCGAACCGUCUGAUAGUGUUGUCUCCACCCCACCAGUGUGUGUGUGAGGCGCCCAUCUGUGUCACACAGACGUUCUUCUGUGCCAGAGUGCUCAGUGAACAUCAACCAGAGCAGGGAGGAGGAGAGGUGAAAAGCUUGCAGUCGUGCCAGUCUCACAACGGCAUUCAGCCUGCCAGUUGGUUUUUUUCUUCUUUUCUUUCUUCUUCAGCCAGGUAAUUCCCCCAACCCACAGUGUAAAUUGGUCCCAGAUUCAAUCAUCCUUUUCUACACUAUUGUUUUUCUUUUUUUCCUUCAUCUCGUGCCUCACUUGUGUGUUCCAACAAAGCCUCAAUGCUCAGGUUUUCAAGUUCUCCUUCGAUGGUCUCACGAUAGAGAGAAGAUAUACUACAACUAUGGCAGUACACGAUCCGGCGGUCUUGUUCAUGCCCCCGAAUUGACAAAUGGGAAAUCUGAAAUGUGCCAUGAUUUAGCAGUCAUUACAACAUCUUAAUAAAUGAGAGUGUAGCCUGGGGGAGUCUAGGGGUGAGAUACAAGAGUUGUGGUUCUAAUGACAGCGACCGAAGACAGAUCUAUCAGGGUCUAGGUGGAGCUAAUUUAGGAUGUUUCCAAAAGGAUGGGAAAAGGGAGAUUUGUAGUUUGUGUGUGUGUGUGUUACUUCCUAAUGGCGGCGUACUAACUUACCCUAGUGUGUCAUAGUGGACUGUCUCUUUGAGAACCAUUCAGCUAUUUUGAAGAAAAAAAGAAGAAAACCAUUUAUUGUACCCGUCAUGGUUCAAGGCUUCGGAUGCCAGAAGCGUUGGGGACGUUAUUGUAUUUAUUUUGAAAUAGAAUAAUAACAACUUCAGGUCACCUCGCAAGGGCGGGGUCCUGCUCCAACUCAGGCAUGGUUCAAAACAGCAUUUAUUUUCUUUCAAAUUCAGUAGGUGCACUUGAUUUGUAUGGCCCUGGGACUUUUCAUCAGUUUGGGGGAAAACGCUUCAGUUGUAUACAUGAGUUCUAAAAACCAAGCAGUUGCAGAGAGCUUUGUUGGGAUAAAGUUUGAGUUACAGCCCCAGUGAUGACAGCAGUAUUGGUAGAAAUGCGCUUUUUGUUAAUAUGCUUGUUAACGUGGCUUUUUGUGUGAUUUCAUCUGUACCAACACAUCCUCUUAACAUAGAAUGUCAUUGAAAACCAACAAAUGUUUACAAAGAGAAAUCUCUAGAACUAAGUUUUAAAAUGAUCUGUUUCUAAAGAUACGCAGACAAUGAAUUUUGUGUUGUUUUUUUAUGCAGAAAGUUCAUCUCCAUCAUUGUUUUGUAACGUAUUAGUAUCAGUACUGUGGAGAUGUUCAGUUUGGGAUUCUUUAAUGUUUAAUUAUAGGUCAUGUAUUAGUUGGUUUUGACACUUCUGUACAAAGGCCAAGUGUUGCUUUGGAUAAAUUGGAGAACAAAAGUCAUGUUUUAUUCAAAAGAUGAUUUAAAAUUGGUCACUGUUACCUGUGAUUUAUAAUUUACUAGGACACGGACCCAAUGUUUUCAAUGCGAGUCAAAACCAUGACAGAAGCAGAUUUGAUUGGAUCACAAUAUGUAUUGUUAAUGGAAUCCUCAGUCAACCAUUGAAAUCAAAGGAUACACUCUCAGAAGCUGCCACUAUGGCUGUCAAAGAAGCAUAUUUGAUAUACAGUAUCUUCAAAUAUAUAUCAUAAGUCAACCAAUUUUGUUGAGAACUUGGCUAAGUGCAUUAUUAAACAAACGAUUCAAAGGCCGACUGAGAUAAUAGACAUGCUGUAAAUGUGAUCAUUUUACAAAACAAGGUUUCAACUGUCAGAUGACUUAAUGUUUGACUUCAGUAUUAAAACUGAUCUCCAUGAGAUUGUAUCAAGAGUUUUCACGUUGAAAAGACAUUGGCGGAUCUUGUAUACUGAAGCUGUGCAUGUACAAUAUUGUUUGGUGUAUUUGUGUUUUCUAAAUCUGAAAGGUAAUAAAAUUAUUCACUGAGGAUAUUUUUUUCUCUUUGAUGUUUGGA